AGUUUAAAAUGUAAUCAAUUUUUUUUUGUUAAUGACAAUUGCUGUGGUUAACGUGAUGCAAAAUCAUUUUUUUUUUUUACUAAUAAUUUUUAUUGUUAAACUUUUAUAUUCGAGAAAACUUUCUUUUUCCGUUUUAAGGUUUUAAUGACACUGUCACAUUAAGGAACGACGUCGUCGACAAUAAUACAUUACGGAGAAUAUAUAAAACAUGAUGGAGAAGGUGAAGGAGUGCAGUGGUAUAAGAAAUAAGAAGAUAUGGCUUGCAUGUUUGCAAGUCGUUGGUUUCGUGAGGGGUUGAACGAUUUAAAAUUUAGAAGACACGUAGAGUAUACACACGCUGUCUGACAAAAAUUGUCAUUUUAUAAAAAUGAAACGAGCUGAUUCGUAUGAAUUCAUUCGAUGGAAAUCGUCUCGGGGUCGAUUAGUCGUGCAAACGACAUGGGUGAAAGGAGUGCGACAUGUUAUAUUUUCAGACGAAGAUGACCAGUUCAACAAAAAGGAAAACCGUCAUCUAUAUCGAAGUGUGAAAACAAAACGGACAUCAAGUGUUGCGAAUACAAAUGAAAAUGAUCACGAAUAUGAGAACAAUGAUAGUAGUAGUAAUUAUGUAAACCGUAUUUUACAAUGGUUACAGACACCUAGAAUGAUAGACAGUUGCCAAAAACCAAUGACUGCAUCAAAUACUUCUAAAAGACACCCAGCAUUGAUUAAAACUUGUUCAAUUCCAGAAAAUAAAGUAGAUGAUCAUCAAGUAGUUAAAGUGAAAAAAAAAGCUAGAAAUUUAAAUCGAAACUUCCCAAAACAUUUUAAAACUGAAUUGCAUGUUCAUAUGCCAAGCAUAAGUACCAGUAAUGACAACAGUAAAGUAAAACAUUUAAGCUAGUUUACCGAAAUAUAUACAUACAGUAAUUUAUACAUUAAAAAAAAAAUUAUUAUUUAUUAUACAAUUUAUUAUUAAAGAUUUAUUGUUUAGUUAUGACAUUAUUAAUAUUUUAUCAUUAGUGUAAAUUAAUGGAUUGUUUGAAAAAGGCACAUAUUUAACUUUCUAAUUUCAGGUUUUUACAAUAACUUGAUAAUUGAAAAAAAACUUUUUUUUAUGUCUGUUCUGAACAGUAUUUAUUUUCAGUACUAAUAAUAUUAUUUAAAAAAAUAUUAGUAAAAUUAUAUUAAAAACUUACUAUGUUUAUAAUUUAACAAUAAGUUAAAAAUUGAAAUAAUAGGCUCCUCUUUUUACUACAUUUUUUUCUUUUUCAUCACCUGUAUUCCAACUACUUGGGGCCGGGCCACCCUCUUUUUACUAUAUAAAUUCUAUAUAUUUUUAUCUCCGAAAAAUAUACAUCUCUAUUUUUCGAAAUUAUUAAGAAGGAAGAAAAUAAUGUAUUUUUGUCUUGUAAAACUAACAAUGGAAAUUAUUUUAUUAAUGCUUGAUUAUAGUAAAAAAAUUAAGAUUUUUAUUCUAAAAACGAUUAAAAUAUAUGUCAACAUUUUCAAAGUAAAUAUUUCUCAAAAUGUAAAGAUACAUAGUUUUGAAGUCGUAAUACAAUAAUGUU